CACUCCUUACGUACCGGUCUCUAAGUGGCCACGGCGUAAUGUAGACUCUUUAACGACGUGUGAGUGUGCAUACGAGGGAGCCCUCGCCGCCCCACCUCGUAUUGGCUCGAGUAGGCUAAACGUAACGGUAUAAGCGACGCACGCGAGCCGCUGACCCAGUUUUGCGGUUGGACGAAGUGGCGGCCUCCGACUCUGCCACCGGUCCGAGGCUCGUUGUCCGCGACCAGUCAGUCAGUCUCGCGUGCGACACCCGGCCAACGUCAGUCCGAAACCCAUGUGCGUGGUUCCGCGCGCCCCUACAGUGUACUGCAUGUGGACGACUCAUGUACUUAAAGAUACUACUCCUCUGGGCAUUGCCGCUGGAUCUGAACGGUUACGGCUAUGACGGCUACAGCACGUGCACGAAACCGUACCGAAACGCCAAAGCCAGAUUGCCGGACUUGCCCUGCGACCUCAACACCCAGUCUUGGUGCAUGGUGCCCGGAUCGACGUAUCCAUGGCAUGCUGUCCGACGGUUCGUUUUUGAAAAUCAUGGCUUGAUGAAACGAAUGUAUGGCGAACAGCGUCACAUUUCUGUUCUACGUGCCGAAUUAGACACCAAUGACGUCGAAGGUGGAGUUUGGAACAGGCGCAGGGAGGAAUCGUCAUUGAACCGCUACGAAUCGCACCCGUCGCCGAAGCCAUCAGUUCCUUCGUUCCAUUCCGCCGCUUCUUCAUCGUCUACUUCUACCACUACUACUAGUACAACUACUACUACUACUACUACACCUUCUACCACCGCGAGCACAAAAGCAACACCCAACUUUACCACCGGUGCCGACACCAGCCAAUCGUUCAACGUGACCGAGUUACCGCUUCCGUCAUUACCCACCACAACAGAAGGCGAAGACGACGAAGACGUUACCGACGUCACGGCCGACUCGGACGGCUAUUAUGACGUGACCACCGCAGAGCCUUCAGCGUCCUCCGAACGCAAUGAACAGGUGGAGCAGCCUGGUUUCUUCGAGGAGUCGACCACGACGGAUAAUCCACAAAAAUCAAAAGGAAUCAAUGCAUGUCCCGUGAAAGAGGAAGUAGUUGCUCCGUUUUGGGCGAAUAACACCCGAGGUGAAGUGUUAGCACUACUCAAUCUCUAUCCGUUUGAACAGUACGUCCACUGGGAACGCUGCACGUUUGAAAACAAACAAAUGUUCUGCCGCCAAGGGUGUCGUUGCGAACAGCAGUACCGUUUACACAGAUUGUUGGCGUACGACCCGUCCAACGACUGUCGCGGCAUAUUUUCCGAUUGGUUCAAGUUUCCAUCGUGUUGCGUGUGCCGCUGUUACGAUCUGCCCAACGACCUCAGGAUAACGUCACGUAGUCCACGCACCGAAACUUCUAACGACCUGGACACGUGGUUCCAGGACCCGCUGAACCCUUAACCUCUUUUACUUCCACUUUACGACUUUUGUUUGUUUUUUUGUUAGUUUGUUUGUUUUUCACUUUGGAAUUAAUCGCGUCCGAGACUCCAACUGUCAUUAUUAUGAGUAUUAUUAUUUUUUAGUGUUACAUAUCUGUUAUAUACCUCUUAUAUAUAUACAUUUUUAAAACGGUUACUUUCGUGUGAAUAGUUUGCCAUCGUGACCAUUACAUUUUGUAUAUAAGCCAUCAAUGUUUGUGUAAAUAGUACUAAGCUACUUUUAACCAUUUUGUGAUACGUUACAUUGUUUUAAUGGUAUACUUAAUUAUUUAUUAAUCUGUGAAAAAUACACAAUGUAAGUAAUUAUACAAUGGUGUUUUUGAUAAAUUUAAUUUACACGAGCUGUAUUACCGUUACAGUGAAAAUAUAUAAUUGUUUUUAUACGGCA